GGCAAAACAAACUUCCCAAAGCCAAAACCGCAAGCUCGCAGCGGCUCCCUUCCACACCCCUCGCCUCCCCCGCGUGCUCGCCCCGAGAUCUCGCCCGGCCGCCAUGGACGCGAUCGACUCGGUGGUGGAUCCCCUCCGCGACUUCGCCAAGGACAGCGUCCGCCUCGUCAAGCGCUGCCACAAGCCCGACCGCAAGGAGUUCACCAAGGUGGCGGCGCGGACGGCGAUCGGGUUCGUCGUCAUGGGCUUCGUCGGCUUCUUCGUCAAGCUCAUCUUCAUCCCCAUCAACAACAUCAUCGUCGGUUCCGGCUAGGCUUCGAGCCCUGGAGAAGUCCAGAACCAGUGACUAGCAUGAGUGUAGUGCAAUACUUUUGAGGAAGCAAAGGAUAACGAUGAUCUUGAUCUUUCACAAAGUGUUGUAAAAGACAGUUUCUCAUUUGUGCUUUUGGAGUAAUCCUCAUACUGUUUUAAGACUUGAAGAUGCCCGUAUACCUGAUUCUGAGUUGACCUUGAUGAA